AUUAAAAUACACCAUGUUUUUUUGACAGAAAAUGCACUUAAUAAUGUAAUAUUAAUUCAUGUUUUGGACAGCUGUCUGAUAAAUGCCCAGCUAUGCUCUAGCUAUUAUUAAAGAUAUUUAUAGCAUUAAAUAAAUAAAUGUACAGCUUCUUAUACACCUGCUAACCGAAUUUAAAGGGAUUUGAGAGGUCACUCAGCCAACACUGAAAAGGCCAAGCCAUAUCUGGGUACACACACGCACAGAGAGCACAUAAGGCAUACAACAUGGCUGCUGUGGGCACUUGGGCCUUCUCACUUCCUGCUGUAGAAAGAAUGCGGCGCAUGAUUCUAGCUGGACAAAGUUCCACUGAUGUGGUAGAAAAUGCAAUCGCAGAUGUUGAGAAUGACGUGCAGACAGGCCAUUGUAUAGUUGGAAGAGGAGGCUUCCCCAAUAAUAAAGGGAUAGUUGAAUGUGAUGCAGCAAUAAUGGAAGGUGUGCCUGGGAGAUUCGGGGCAGUAGCUGCAUUGCGCGGGGUAGGGCAGCCAUGUCGAGUAGCACGGCAGGUAAUGGAGAGAAGCGCUCACAGCUUUUUAGUUGGUGAAGGAGCUGAAGCUUUUGCACGGGAACAUGGUUUUACUAUUGAGCCCAAUGAAAACAUGCUCUCAGACCACACAGCCACUGCAUAUCAGGAAUUUAUUAAAAAGGGGAAACAAGUCCAAGGCCAUGAUACUAUUAGUCUCAUUGCAUUGGAUCUCACAGGAAACAUAACUGUAGGUGUUUCUACAUCAGGAAAACCCUUCAAGGCUCCAGGACGAGUGGGAGACUCUCCUCUUCCUGGUUGUGGCCUAUAUGCUGACCACACAGUGGGUGCUGCAGCAGCAUCAGGUGAUGGAGACAACAUAAUGUGCUACUGUCCUAGCUUUCAAAUUGUACAGUUAAUGAGACAGGGUCUGUCUCCUAAAGAAGCCUGUUGUUCUGUCCUUGCCAAUAUAAGGAAAAGAACAGGAGAAGAUAAAUGCUUUGAGAUUGCACUUAUUGCUUUAAAUCUGAAGAAAACAAGACCCAUCAGACCAGGCAACAUUUUUCCAGUCUUCAACUGUGCAAUUUUGGGAGAAGUUGGUGCAGCUUCCUCAGUGGAAUUCCCAUAUACUUUCUGGAACCAGGGAAUGGAUUCAGUGGAAAAGAAUGUCCUUUCUUAUUGAAUUUUCGCUUUCUUCUCAACAGUAUAAAUGUUCAAAUAUAAAAUUUCAAGAGAUACAAAUCCAGUAAUCUGUAUGCAUAAUUGUUUGUGUACUAAAGUAUUUUAAAAUGGAUUUUAUUGAAUAAUUCUCAUGUUUUGGGUUCACUUCAUUGCAGAAAAAGUUUUUUUUAUUCUUGUCUUAAAAUUAGUACAAUUAAAAUGAAUAUAUCCUGUAAAGACUCCCCCAGGGAUAGGCUCCAGACUUUCCGUGACCCUGUACAGCCAAGGUUCUCAUACUUAAUAUUUAAAGGUCCUUAUGUGAUUUCUAUUUAAGGUCAGAGGUCUGGACAAAUAUAUUGCUUAUAACUUACAUUCUGACACAAAAUACAUUUAAGCCUAGUGAAAAAACAAAUGCCACUGUUUGACCGCAAUCAGAUGCUCAAAAUAAAGCAACUCUAACAUAAAAAGCAACAUGCAUUUAAGUGUCAAAGGUUCAAAAUAGGCCCAAGUUAGUGCAAAAGAAAUGUCACUGUUUGCCUGUAAAUUGUUGCUUGUGAACCUGAGCAGCUCCAAAUUUUUUAAGUUUACAGGUAAGUCUAAAAUCCUCUUUUAACUGAUGUUCAUGCCCAGAGGUGUCAAGUAACGAAGUACAAAUACUUCGUUACCUUACUUAAGUAGAAAUUUUGGGUAUCUAUACUUUACUGGAGUAAUUAUUUUUCAGCCGACCUUUUAUUCUACUCCUUACAUUUUCACGCAAUUAUCUGUACUUUCUACUCCUUACAUUUUAAAAAUAGCCUUGUUACUCCUAUUUUAUUUCAACUUGUCAUUUAAAAAACAAACAAAAAAAACAUCUGGAUAAAUCACGCCAUCCGGAUGGAGCGAACUUGAUUGUGGUUGGAUGAGAAGUAUAAACAUACCAUUCCGACACCCUAUUGGUAGGUACGCGAUCCAUCGCACCUGCACAUGACGUCACGUCACACACUUCAGCAAGGACGUUUGAAUAAAAUAGCAUUUUUCGGUUGA